AUGAACGCUGGAGGUUCUGACCUGUUCGAGUCUUAUGAACAAGACUUUAGUCAAGUUGCUAGGUCUAUUGAAGUUAUAAUAAAUUCCACCAUUCCUUCACAAUCUGGAGAAAAACGUAAGACAACUAUUCGAACUGCAGAGCGUGAAAUUGAAGAGGCCGAUGAAAUUAUAGCUCAAAUGGAAAUGGAGCUGUUAAAUUUACCACAAUCAUCACGCUCACGUUGUCAAGCUAAAAUGAGGAGUUACAAGGGCAAUCUGGAUAAAUUGAAACGUGAUUUGAAAAGAGCAGGUUCACGUGCUUCUGGACCAACAGAUCGUGAAGAAUUGCUCGCUGGUGCAAAUGGGACUGAUCUUGAUAGUGCUUCGUUAGAUCAACGUGCUCGGCUUUUAUCUGGAACCGAGCUUUUGGCUGAUAGUAGUCGUAGAUUACAGGACAGUCAUAAAAUUGCUUUGGAAACCGAAACAAUUGGUGCCAAUGUUUUGGAGGAUAUUCGUAGACAAAGAGAUCAAAUCUUACACACUAGGAAUACUUUAAUGGAGGCGGAUUCAUAUAUUGAUAAAGCUCAACGUACCCUUAAGGGUAUGGCGCGCAGAAUGCAAACUAAUCGUAUGAUAACAGCUGCUAUUAUUAUAACACUUAUUGGAUCAGAUGAUUCUGAUUCAGUUUUCUCUGAGGAAGAAUGCGAAGACGGUGAAGAAGUUGCAUUAGACAGUUUAUCUUCCCAAAAAAUUGACGAAGAUAUCAUACAUGUAACAAUAAAUAAUAAGUCAGCAUUAAAAAAAUCCAACAAGAAAUUAACUAUGGAAGUGAUAACUACUUCAGAACCGAUAGUCAUAAAAGACAUCAAUAACGAUAUAGAGCCACUUGAAGCUGCUAAUGAAGGACGCAAAAAAGUCAUUGAAUCAGGAAUAAUGUUUUCUAGACCGGAUGAUUAUUUUGCUGAAAUGGUAAAAUCCGAUGAACGUGUAACAAAAGUACGUCAAAGGAAAGGUGUUGAAGAUAUUGUUGCGAAUGAAGAUUUUGAAAUUGCUCUUGAAGCUGCUGCUGAAGAUAAUAGACCCACCUAA